AUGGAUAUCCACCGUUGCCGUUUCGUUUCUUAUAAUCCACAGGCGAUCAAUGCACUUGCAUUCUCGCAUCCCCCGUCAGCAGAUCUAGCUGGACGCGGCGUACCAACUCUCCGACUCGCGAUCGGUCGUGCUAACGGUGAUAUUGAAAUAUGGAACCCGAUGCGCGGCGCCUGGUUCCAGGAGACUGUGAUGCGUGGAGGCAAGGAUAGAAGCAUUGAAGGUCUUGCAUGGACUCUGGAUCCCCAGGAGGAUGGGCCCGACGGCACCAAAUUACCCGGAAAGCUGCGUCUGUUUAGCAUUGGAUACUCCACGGCCGUCACCGAAUGGGAUCUUGAGAAUGGCCGCCCGCUGCGCCACUCUAGUGGAAACUAUGGAGAGAUUUGGUGUCUUGCUGCGCAGCCCCGCUGGCAGGCGACCAAGGGCAAAGACGGAAAAGUGCUUCCUCCCACCGAGGGCGAGUACACCGGUCAGCACCUCGCCGCAGGAUGUGCGGAUGGGUCAAUUGUCAUCUUGUCUACUGCCGAUAACGAGCUCAAAUUUUUGCGCCUGAUGCGUCCCUCAACGAAAAGAGCGCGCGUCCUUAGCGUUACCUUCCAGAACCGCCAUACCAUUGUCGCAGGUUAUGCCGAUAGUUCUAUUCGUCUCUUUGACAUUCGCACUGGUCAGAUGCUGCGAACAAUCUCUCUCGGCAAAGGUCCCACGGGUGGCCCAAAGGAAUUGUUGGUUUGGUCGGUGAAAUGUCUGCCGGAUGGCACGAUCGUUUCCGGUGACUCAGCUGGUGAAAUUCGGUUCUGGGAUGCAAAGAACUACUCUCUCGUUCAACGGAUACAGGGCCAUCUUGCCGAUACUCUUGAUAUCGCAGUGAGUGCCAAUGGAGAUACUGUUGUCAGUGGCGGUGCCGACCAGAGGACGGUCGUCUACCGCAAGAAGGAGGGCGAGAAGGGCGACAAGAAGGGUCGCUGGGCUGAGAUUAUGCAUCGUCGCUACCACACCCACGACGUCAAGACAUUUGCUGUCUAUGAGACAAAGGAUAUUAGUAUCGCUGUGUCUGGAGGUCCUGAUGCUACACCGAUCGUUCUUCCCCUUCGUGAAUUCGGAAAGGAGCACCACCGCAAGCUUUCGAGCCUCCCGCAGAUUCCCCAGCUUACCUCCGCACCCUCGUCUCGUUUGGUUAUGAGUUUCUGGGACCGGGAAGUGAGCUUGUGGCGUGUGUCUCGUGGCCCUGCGUCUUUGCAUGAGAACAUCGAUGGCCAACGGCAUAGACUCGUUGGUAAGGUUCUGAUCCAGGGCGAGGAAAACAUCUCAUCGGCGAUGUUGUCCUCAGAUGGCAAGACGCUCGCUGUUGCAACUAUUGCUGAGGUCAAGCUGUUUUCUCUCCGCCGGAGAAAGGGCGAUGAGAAGGGUGCUCUCCGCAUCCAGAAGAUCGACGUACCCAAGGUUCUUUCCGAUGAAGGUGCUCGCCUUGUCACCAUUUCCCCCGACGGCCGAUGGCUUUCAAUUGUUCGCCCCAACAGCGACAUCUACAUGGCCAGAAUCCAGCCAACCUCAGUAUCUAAUGAGAAGCCUCAGGUGGUGCCACAGUUUGCAAAGCUCAAGAGAGCCACACGUCAUGUACGACACGAAAAGGCAUCCCACGGCACAUUGGGUGACUACGAGAGAACGAUACGAUCUGUGGUGUUUUCAGAUGACAGCAAGGUUCUGGCGAGUGGUGAUAUCUCUGGUUGUGUCGACACCUGGGUGCUAGGCACAGCGACAGGACCCGCAAACGGCGCGGUCAAACGUAGCGGAGCCUCGGAGUCCGACGAUGAUUCCUCUGAUGAUGAGGACGAGGACGUCGUGAUUGAAGGCGAGCGCUGGACUACCGCUGCCACCGAAUCACCAAUCCCUCGUAUGAAGUCCGGCAUCACUUUGUUGUCCUUCCGUCCCAAGUCCGCCCCCACACAAAAUCUCGUUGCCAAUGGCACGCAUCAGUCUAGCGAAGAUCGUCUGAUGGUCCUCACAAGUGAGCAUCAGCUCAUCGAAUUUGAUGCUCGGGAUGGCAAGUUGUCCGACUGGUCCAGACGCAAUCCUAAGGCAUACCUCCCCGCAGAGUUCCGAGGCGUUAAGGACCGAGCCAUGGGCUGCAUGUGGGAUCUCUUUGAGGGCCGCGAGCGCCUCUGGCUCUACGGAGCAUCGUGGCUGUGGAUGUUUGAUCUGCUCCAAGACUUCCCCUCCCCCGAGGAGGCUGAAGCUGGGGCCGAAGAGGGCAAGACCGCGGGUCAGCUUGCCAAGGCAUCGAAGCGCAAGCGCGAAGCCCUCGACGACGACGAAGACGAGCGCAGGAAACACAACACCGGUGCCGGUGAUCGAAUCCCCCAGUCACAGAUGGAUGUCCACUUUGGCACCAAGGUCCGCAAGAUCGUCGGUAGCGAUGAAUCACAGGGAGAAUGGAUCUCGCUGGACAAGGAACGUCCCCGUGUCCCAGGCGAAGAUGACGAGGCCUACGAGUAUGACGAGACCUUUGCAGCCACCAAUGAGACAACCCUCGCCCGUCUACGACGUGGAGAUGGAACUGCGGUCGAAACUGAAAUCCCACAGAAGGGAUCACAGAAGCACACUGGCGAUACUUCGAAAAAGCAGCUGGUAGAGGCUAAUGGUGCCUCAGCUCAGCCUACACGUCGGUGGUGGCACACCUAUAAAUACCGUGAUAUCCUCGGCAUUGUGCCUCUCAACACCUUGUCGGAUGACGGUUCCGACGACCAGACCCCGACUGGGAUGCUGGAAGUCGCAGUGGUGGAGCGACCUAUGUGGGACGUUGAACUGCCUGGUCGUUACGUGAAGGACUACGAGUGA